CUCAUCUGCUGGGGGGAGAGGGAGUUGGACAACAAAAGCCAGGGAUGCAAGCAAGGAAGGGAAGCUAUUAUUCUGAAUCCUGAAUGAAUCGAGGGGUUGGGGUUUUAAAAAGUUGAGAAGACAUAUGGCUUCAGGCAGGCAGCCAUAAUGGAAAACCAGCCCCUCUUCGUUUAUUUUCGGUGUCCGCCUGCCUGCUGCUUCUGACGGAUCUUUUUUAGCUGCUCCUCCACAACAGGGGACUUGUUGAAUCUGAGGCUCGCCAUGAAGAGCCCACGCUGAGGGAGGCUGGUGGGUUUACGGAGUUGCGUGUGCAAGGCUGAGGAUGGCGGAGCACCUCCACAGCAGCACGCUGUCUGCGUCCGGGGCCACUCAGCCCAUCCCUUUCCUCACCCUGGAGCAGAAGGCAGCGUUCGUCUUUGUGCUGCUCCUCUUCAUCUUCCUGGGCCUGCUGAUUGUGCGCUGCUUUCGGAUCCUGCUGGACCCCUACAGCAGCAUGCCUUCCUCCACAUGGACAGACUAUAUGGAGAAAGACACAUUUGACUACCGCAUCGCCUGAGGGACUCUACUUGUGUCAUGGUGCCAUGCGAUGGCUACCUCACCGUUUUCAACAUCUGCAUGGUACUGCCGUACCGUGCUGGCAGUGUGUGUUUGGUGGCAUGUGUCAUUUUUACAAGUCACGUAUUCUAAAACCCUCUCAUCUCUUCCGUCUGUUCUUAUUGGAUAUUUCACUGCCAGCACUAUACCUCACACCUUUCACCACAGCUAAGUGAUGUCAAGUCCAGCUCCUCUGAAAAGUAUUAGCGAUGACACAUCCGUAACUAAAACUAGCCAAUUACCUGACACAGGCCAUUUGGGUGAGCUAUUUGGCGGACUUAUCUCUUGUCCAUGCAGUGUAUAAAUAACUAUUAUUUAUUUUUUUUCAAAAUGAGGUUAAUCCUUUACUGAAUUUAUUAGUAUACUACCUUGAUAGGAUUAUAAAGUGCUUUGGUUUAGGGACUGUGGAAUCCUCUGAGCUCUUUGUUGAGAAAGUCCUGAGCUUUCAGCCUUAUGAUUCAGUGUGUUUACAGAGCUGCCAGGAAAAAACUGGCCUUGCUGUUAUUAAGCUAAAUGUCAAUCAAUGUAAUGACCAACCACCCUCUUUGGGCAUCUGAACGAGCACUUUGACGAGUUCCCCUCUCUCUCUGUCUAUCUAUCCCUCUCUCUCUUGCUCUUUCUCACUCUAACUGCAGUGUGCUUUAAUAGGGUGCGUCUGAUGUUGUGCAUAUCGUUCAACAGUUUUUUGCUGAUACUGAGAUGAACUGGUGUGAAUUUUUAAUGUUGUGCACAGGCUAUCAGUGCAUUAGUGUUUGCGCAAAUUCUCUGGUGCAAAGCCGUGGUUAGCUUAACUCCAUGUUUUAUUUUGCUUUAAAAAAAGCUCACAAAAGCAAGAAAUGUGUGCAUUUGUGCAAACCAGAUCAGAAUUUGCCAUUUUGGUGCCUGUUUCUAUUUCAUUUUACUACUAGCUACCGAUUUGUGGUCUGUAAAGGUGAGAUUGUUCUGUUUUAAAUUGUCCUUAUUGAGGACAGUUGUUGCCACAGCGCACUAUUGUGGGGAAUGACGGUCGUCAUUAUAAUGCACCUUGUGUUUUAGCUGAGCGGUGUGUGCGCGUGCGUGUGAUCUAUUAGAUACUUAAUGCUGACAGACGCUAGUUUUUUCAGAAAGACCAUGUGCCAUGUGGUCCACAAGUGGGUCUUGCAUUUGUUGUGCUUUUUAUAUUUGUUUCCAAAUAAAGAUAAAUGUAUUUCUCUCAA